AUGUUGUGGCAGAGCUUCGACUACCCAACAGAUAUCGGGCUUCCUGGCGCCAAGUUGGGCCGCAACAAGGUCACUGGUUUCAGUCACCAGUACAUAUCAAAAAAGAGUCUCAUUGAUCCGGGUUUUGGCUCAUACAUCAUUGAACUAAAAGACACCAGCGGGAUUGUCCUCAUGCGCCGCAACAACCCCCUGGUAAAGUAUCUGACUUAUGCAACCACAGGAUCAUCAUCUUUGAUACCAACACUCAAGUCAUUACUAGAUUUGAAUCCUCGGACCAAAGGUUUGAUUAAUCCAAUAUAUGUCGAUAACAACCAAGAGGAGUACUACACAUACACUUUACUGGAUGAAUCAUCAACUUCCAUGUUUGUCUUGCUAGACAUCUCUGGUCAGGUCAAGCUGAAUAUUUGGUCACAAGCCAACCAGUCUUGGCAAACCAUAUAUUCCGAGCCUGCAGAUCCUUGCAGUCCGCCUGCUACAUGCGGACCUUUCACGGUCUGCAAUGGCAUUGCACAUCCAUCCUGUGACUGUAUGGAGAGCUUCUCCUAUAAGUCACCGCGGGAUUGGGAGUUUGAGGAUCGAACAGGAGGAUGCAUCAGAAACACACCGUUACAUUGCAGCACUAGUGGUAACAACAAAAACAUGACAAGUUCAUCAGACAUGUUCCACCCCAUUGCUCAAGUUCAAUUGCCAUACAACCCGCAAAUAAUAGAUGUUGCUACCACUCAGAGCAAAUGUGAAGAAGCUUGUCUCGGUUCCUGCUCCUGCACUGCUUAUUCCUAUAGCAAUAGCAGAUGCUCUGUCUGGCACGGGGAAUUGUUUAGUGUAAAUCUGAAUGAUGGCAUUGAUAAUAAUUCUGAAGAUGUUCUUUACCUUCGCCUUGCCGCCAAAGAUUUGCUGCCAAGUUUCAGAAAAAAUAAAAGAAAACCAAACGUCGGAGUUGUUACUGCUGCAAUUAUUAUUGGUUUUGGGUUACUGAUGCUCAUGCUAUUGUUACUGAUUUGGAGGAACAAAUUCAAGUGGUGUGGUUUGCCUUUAUACGGCAAUCAAAGUAGUGCUGGUGGAAUUAUAGCCUUCAGAUACACUGACUUAGUUAGUGCCACUAAAAACUUCUCAGAAAAGCUUGGAGGUGGUGGUUUUGGUUCUGUAUACAAGGGAAUGUUAAGUGACUCGACAAUUACUAUAGCAGUGAAAAAGCUUGAUGGUGACCGUCAAGGAGAGAAGCAAUUCAGGGCCGAGGUGAGCUCAAUUGGACUGAUCCAGCACAUAAACCUAGUCAAAUUGAUUGGUUUCUGCUGCGAAGGCAACCAAAGAUUACUUGUGUAUGAACACAUGUUUAAUGGGUCUCUUGAUCGUCAUCUGUUUAAGAAGAGCAAUGUUGAUGCUGCCGUCCUAAGUUGGAACACCAGGUAUCAGAUAACCCUAGGAGUUGCUAGAGGAUUAUCAUACUUGCAUCAGAGUUGUCGUGAGUGCAUCAUACACUGCGAUAUUAAGCCGGAGAACAUACUUCUGGAUGCAUCAUUUGUUCCUAAAGUUGCAGACUUUGGGCUGGCAGCAUUUGUGGGAAGGGAUUUCAGCAGAAUUCUGACUUCAUUCAGAGGAACUGCAGGUUAUCUUGCCCCAGAGUGGCUUACCGGAGUGGCAAUCACACCGAAAGUUGACGUUUACGGCUUCGGCAUGGUUCUGUUGGAAGUCAUAUCUGGAAGGAGGAAUUCCUCGCCUGAAGAAUCAUACAACACUAGCAGCAGCAGUAACCAGAAUGUUAUAUAUUUCCCUGUUCAAGCCAUCAGCAAGCUUCACGGCGGAGAUUUGAAGAGUUUGGUGGAUCCACGGUUACAUGGUGACUUUAACUUGGAAGAGGCUGAAAGGGUUUGCAAAGUUGCAGGUUGGUGCAUCCAAGAUAAUGAGUUGGAUCGGCCGACAAUGAGUGAAGUGGUCCGGGUUCUCGAGGGUCAACAGGAGAUUGAUGUGCCCCCAAUGCCAAGAUUGCUUGCAGCUGUAACGGAACAAUCUGGUGCUCCAACUUUAAUGUAA